CGUAUUUCUCUCUCCUUCUCAAAAAAAACUCUCUAGAAAGAGAUAUCUCGCUUUCUCUCUGUAACAGAAUCAUGGAAUAUCGUCCGCUGGAAAUCACGGUGAUCUCGGCCAAUGAUCUCAAGGACGUAGGCCGCUUCUCCAAGAUGGACGUCUAUGUCGUCGUUUCUCUUUCCGACGAGCCCUGUAGCACUUGCCGUACUCCAAUCCAUAAGGACGGUGGAAAAUCCCCAAAGUGGAAUCACAAGGUAAAGCUCUUCGUCAAUGAGAAUUACCUUUCCCGAAACCCUAAAUUAAUCUUCAAUAUUCGCGCCGAUCGUACCUUCUCUGAUAAAGAUGUUGGCGAGGUUUCCAUCCCUCUCAAGGACCUUCUUCAUGACUCCAUCUCAGCCGAACGCAGCGUCGAAUAUAAGGUCCGCACACCCAAAGGCAAAUCGGAAGGAAAACUAAAAUUCUCAUAUAAAUUUGGAGAAAAGUCUAAACAACCGGUUAACUCAACCAAGAACAGUGAACCCGUGACAGCCUACCCACCCUUCGCAGGGCCAAGCAAAGAUCAAUCGAGUUAUGCUCAACCGCCACCAGCAGCAACUGCAUAUCAAGCACCACCACCAGCAGCAACUGCAUAUCAAGCACCACCACCAGCAACUGCAUAUCAAGCACCACCAGCAGCAACAACAGGUUAUGGGUAUCCUCCUCAAGGAUAUGGCGGUUAUCCUCCUCCACCUCCCCGGGGAUAUGGUGGUUAUCCCCCGGCAGCCUAUGGUGGUUAUCCUCCUCCGGCUGGCUAUGGUGGCUAUCCUCCUCCGGUAGGCUAUGGUGGUUAUAUGUCACAGCAACCACCGCCUAUGCAGGCUCAGAAGAAGAAGAAGAAGAAUAACUUUGGGUUAGGAAUGGGAGCGGGAUUAUUAGGAGGAUUGUUGGUUGGUGAUAUGAUAUCGGAUGCGGGGGAUAAUAUGGCUGCUUAUGAUGCGGGGUAUGAUGAUGGAUUCGACGAUUCUGCAUUUGGAUUCUGAUUGAAUUCCGGUAUAUUUGAUGCAUUUAUUAUGCUCAAGAACCACUAAUUGAUUUGCUGUUUGUUAAUACUAUAAUCAAGUUAUCUAUUGAGAAUAAUAGUUAUUAUGAUUAUGAGAAAUGGAGAUGAUUUGGUUACUUAA